AUGGUUAAACACACAGUAAUAGCUAGAAUCUCUGAUGGUCUUCCGUUGGCAGCCUCAGUUGAUGAUGAUCAGUCUAAUGAAGCAGAACUUGCAGAUUAUAAAAACAAAGCCAAGCUUUUAUUUAAAAAAAUGAAUGAGAAUUCUGAAGAACGAUGUUCAAUUGAAUCAGGAAAUUAUGUUUUCCAUUAUCUUAUUCAAAAUGGAGUUUGUUAUAUGACAAUUUGUGAAAGGUCAUAUCCACGUCAGUUUGCGUUUAGUUAUUUGGAAGAACUUGCGAAAGAGUUUUUGAUGAGUUAUGGAAACGAAGUUGAGAAACGAACUUUGAGACCUUAUGCAUUUGUUAAAUUUGAUACUUUUAUGCAAAAAACUAAAAAAGUGUAUCAAAACACUAGAACACAACAUAACCUUGAUCGAUUAAAUACAGAAUUAAAUGAAGUAGCUAAUAUAAUGACUAAAAAUUUGGAAAAUGUCUUAUGGAGAGGCGAAGGGCUAGAAAAAAUGAGUUCUUUAUCUGAUCAACUUCGUUACGAGUCUCAAAAAUAUAAAAAAUCAGCAAGAGAUCUUCAUCUACAACUUCUUUACCGACUAAUUAAAAAGAAACAUUUACAUGAUGCAUUUAAAAAAUUGGCCAAAAAGUUUGCUGAACUACAAUCAAAAACAACAGAAAGACAAUCAGACUUAUCAGCAUUGCAGUCACUUGAUUAUGAAGAUAUAAUUAUUUCAAAUGAAAUAGAAGCCACCAAUGACCCAAAACAAGGAUUAAGAAGUUUUACUGUAAAGAAUAUUAAUGAAACAGGUGAUGAUUUUAAUGAUAGUACAACUGCUUCAAUUGUUUCUGAUACUAUUUCAAUUUUGACUACAAUUCCAACAAAUGAUGAUAAAACAAUUUCAACUGAGAAAGAUACAGUAUCAGAUGAAAAGGACAUAAAUUCAAUUUCAGAAGAAUCAAAAAUAAAUCUGAAACAAGAGUUUAAAAUCUUGGCAGAAAAAGCAAAAGAAUUUCAUCAAAAUGUAUUGGAACCAUUGAAAUCAUCAAAUAAAGACAUGGUUUCAGCAAUCAAAAAUUUGUUAUCAAAGAAUUGCCCAAAACAUUUAUUGGAUCGUCAAUUGUAUUUUGAAAAAAAAUUUGAUUAUUUGAUGGAUAGAGUGGAGCUAGGUAAGAAUGUUUUGGAACAACAUGAUGCAAUCAAUGACUUCUUGAAUCAAGCCAAUGAUAUUAUUGAUUGGGUAAAUCCACAUUUAGAAGUUCUUGGUGAAAUAUUGAAUGAUUGCACUUUGGGUGAAUUUAGUGAAGAUAAAUUACAUGAUUUAUUGAUGGAAGUUAACAAGAUUGAAUCAGAACAACAAGCAUAUACUGAUAUUGAUAUUGGACUUGAAGUAAUACAAUUUAAAAAAGCAAAAGUUGAUGAUUUAUGGCAAGAAUUACAAGAUUCUAUACCAAAAACCAAACAACAAUUGGACCAAGCAUUACAAGUAGCAGAUUUCAAAGAGAAAAUCAGAGAAACACUUUUCAAGAUUGAAAAUUUAUCCAAUAUAAUAUCAUCUUCAUUGGUGGAUGAGAUUGGCAGAUUGAAUUGA